AUGUAUGAUGGGAUCAAGCAAGCUAUCAGUCCAUCACGAGGGAAAAUCACCCCACUUAAUUUGGCUACAGAUUCAGCAGGUGCCGCAGACAUUGGUUACAUGAGAAGAAUGUAUGAUGGGAUCAAGCAAGCUAUCAGUCCAUCACGAGGGAAAAUCACCCCACUUAAUUUGGCUACAGUUGAUAUUUGGGCUUGUCUGGGCACACUUGCAAAGCAUUACAAGCUGGACUUUUGUCUCCAGGCCUCGAGUGGCAUUUGGGGUUACAUGUAUCGCUUGGUGACAUAUUGUGUAUACCAUAAGAAUGCCUCCUCAUUGCUUAUCAGUAUCGUUCUGUUGCUUCUCAUGGGUCGAUGGUUGGAGAGGAGGCUGGGCACCUUCCCAUUUUUGCUUUUGUCCGUGGUCUGUGCUGUUGGCACUGCACUGCUCUACAUCCUGUUCACAAAGCUGUUGGGUCUGACCUCUUACACUGUCUGUGGUUACAGUGCUGUCAACUCUGCUCUUCUAACUGUAAUGUGCUAUAAGAGCCGAGGUAAAAGGCUUCCUGUUGUUGGACGUGUUCCCAUGGUAACGGUGCCAUUCUUACUCUUAGUGCUUGCUUAUCACUUUAUCCCAGGAUCAGAGUUGCUAGCUCACAUAUCUGGUGUUCCAGUAGGUUUGGCCUAUAGCGCUGGGUUUUUCCAUUGUCUUGAGCUAUCGGAACAACAACUGGACAAACUGGAGAACUUGAGCUUUUGUAGGUUGACAUCUCAAAACUCCUUUAUUUCAUUUAUCAGGUCCCCCAAACGGGGCUGUCUUCCUGUGACUAAUUCCAUUGACAGCACUGAGUGUUCGUUUAAUAAUUAG